UUCCGCAGCGGCGCGUCACAUGACCGUCAAACAAGGAAGUGUUGUCUGUAACAGAAACUGGGCCGAGCUUGUGCCUUAUUUCCCCCCUCGGAGGGCUCGCUAACCGCAUUUCACGCUGUUAUAAGGCGCAGAACUGCGGCCACACACGGACAGAGUCGGCAGUUUGCAGCUGAAUUCGGAAAAAUGGCCUCAAUUUGCUGCCGCCGCUCGACGUUACUCAACCGUCUCCUGAUCUGCGUCACCUUGUGGGGCCACCUGAGCAGCGGAGCGUCCGCCGGUUCUUACCGGAGACCCAACAUCGUCCUCAUCCUCACCGACGACCUGGACGUCGCUAUCGGGGGUCUGAAUCCACUGAGCAAGACGAAAAAACUCAUCGGUGAUGAAGGAAUAUCGUUCACGAAUGCAUUCGUUGCCAGCCCGCUGUGCUGUCCGAGUCGAGCCAGCAUCCUGACGGGAAAGUACCCCCACAACCACCACGUCAUCAACAACACCUUGGAGGGAAACUGCAGCAGCAAAGCCUGGCAGAAGAGCGAGGAGGCCCAGACCUUCCCCGCCCUGCUGAGGACCUACGCCAGAUACCAGACCUUCUUCGCCGGGAAAUACCUCAACCAGUAUGGACACGCUGAGGCUGGUGGGGUUGAACAUGUUCCUCCGGGUUGGAGCUACUGGGUCGGACUGGAGAAGAACUCUAAAUACUACAACUACACUCUGUCUGUGAAUGGGAAAGCCCAGAAACAUGGAGCCGAAUACAGUAAAGACUAUCUGACAGACGUACUGGCCAACAUGUCUCUGGACUUCCUCCAGUAUAAAUCCAGCUCCCAGCCCUUCUUCAUGAUGGUUUCCACUCCGGCCCCCCACUCCCCCUGGACAGCAGCCCCUCAGUACCAGGACCGAUACAACAGCACCAAGGCCCCCAGAGACCCCAACUUCAACGUCCACGGGAAGGACAAACACUGGCUGAUCAGACAGGCUAAAACUCCGAUGACCAACUCGUCCGUUCAGUUUCUGGAUGAUGCCUUCAGGAAACGGUGGCGAACUUUGCUGUCAGUGGACGACCUGGUGGAGAAACUAGUGAAGAGGUUGGAGGUCAGAGGUGAACUGAACAACACCUACAUCUUCUUUACUUCUGACAACGGCUACCACACAGGCCAAUUUUCGCUGCCGAUGGACAAAAGACAGCUCUACGAGUUUGACAUCAGAGUUCCUCUCAUGGUCAGAGGACCGAACAUCAAACCCAACCAGACCAGCAAGAUGCUGGUGGCGAACGUUGAUCUCGGUCCGACCAUCCUAGACAUCGCCGGCUACGACGUCAACAAAACCCAAAUGGAUGGGAUGUCCUUCCUGCCUGUUAUGGAGGGGAAGAUGAACGCCAGCAGCUGGAGAACAGACAUCCUGGUGGAAUACGAAGGUGAAGGAAGCAACGUCUCUGAUCCGGCUUGUCCUCUGCUGGGACCAGGAGUGUCGGAGUGCUUCCCAGACUGUGUGUGCGAGGACUCGUACAACAACACCUACGCCUGCGUGAGAACAGUGGCCUCUUCUGCCAACCUGCAGUACUGCGAGUUUGAUGACAACGAGGUGUUUGUAGAAGUCUACAACGUGACCGCAGACCCCUUCCAGCUGAGCAACAUCGCCAAAACCAUCGACCAGGAGAUCCUGGAGAAGAUGAACCAUCGGCUGAUGAUGCUGCAGUCCUGCUCCGGACAGUCAUGUCGAACCCCCGGUGUUUACGACUCAAGGUAUAGAUUCGACCCUCGACAGAUGUUCACCAGCCACAGCUGGCGGCUCAGCAAACUCCGACAGAGGAUGAAAUAAGAAGAGCAGACGAAGGACAGAGGAAGAAGGGCUGUGUCGUGUUUUACAUUCAGCCUUUCCUGCUGUUGCUGCCUUGUUUUUCGGCCUUCGGAGCCAGAAGGUGGAUGGAGAAGGGAUCAAUGGGGCGUAUUUUAGGGAAAUAUAGGUGGGUUGCCGUGGAGAUGGGAGGCCUUUCGGAGUAAAGAACCCACCUUUUAAACUUCCUGUUUGGACGGCUGUUACGAUAGUAAUUGUGAAAGAAAGCGAGAUUACUCAAGACUGAUUUAAAAUGGAAAGCCAUGAUUUCAAACCCUGUAUUCUUUUUAAGCGUCAUUUUGCACUGAACGUCUGCUCGGUCACUCAUUUCUAUUUAAAUCCUUUUUCUUUAAAUAUCUGAUGCCCUGUUUAUUUUCAAAGCAUUUGGGUGGUUCUCAGAAAUUUGGAAACUUAAGUUUACAGCUGGAAGUUACACUAAAAUGGCAACUGUAAAGUAAGUUUUGCUGUUAGUACUGAUAAUGUUCCCAUUAUUCUGUUAUUGCAUUUAACAAAUCUUUCAUUUUCUUGACUGUUACAACAUAUUUAAAGAAAUUAUUUUUCUCUGAGAACUUGUUAUUAAUCUUAAGUUGCAGCCGUGUUUAUCACAAAUUUAAAGACAGUCUUCAAGAAUAAUUCUGGUAUUUUUUAACCGGAGAUCCACUUUCCCAUCGAUUUGGGACUAAAUGAUUAAGAGAGACAAAAAUAUUUGGAUGUUGAGCAGUGCCGAGAUUUAAAAAUACUAAAAUUAUCCUUCACAACAUGCAGUUAAAGGGGCAGCAACAUAAUAUCUUCAACAAUCCAGUUAAUCAAGAAAUCUCAAGUUUUCAGAGCAAAGUGAUUCUUUCAAAGACCUUUAAACUGUAAAAAAAAUCCACAUUGUUACACUCAAGACUCAGUAAGUGGUUAGGUUUAAGAAGAAAUUACCAAAAUUAUGCUAUUAAUUAACCCAAAUGUAUCAUUUGCAAACAGAUUAAUGGUAACUAAACACAUUAAUGCAUCUACUUAAUUUAUCUGUGAUUUUUAAGAGCCUGUGUGAAGCAACUGAAAACACUCUAACCUCCAAAGCUGAUGAGAACCAAUCAAAUGCAGCUAAAAAAAAAUGCUUGGUACGAUCACAUUACCCUUCUGUUCAAUGAGAUUACACUCCUCUGCUGUGGGGACUAAAUCAAAAUUGACUAGUAUGAUCACAAAAUGCUGCACUUUGCAGUCUAGUAGUGUGAUAAUUUGGUAAAUCUAUAAAUGCUACAGUAAAUGGCCGCCACUUCCAAUCAGUGUUGGUUGAUGUUUGGCAGAUAUUUUAAGCAAAUAUCCGAUGGACAGAAGUCUAAUAUGAUCGUAAAGAAACGGAAAGAAGCUCCCUUACCCUAUGAGAUCAAAAAGACAAACAGAAGGAGAAGUUUACUAGAAAACACAUCAACGGGCAUCUUUCCACUGCAGGAAAUCGAGCCUAACAUUUAUAGCUCAGUUAUAGUGUAGAAUCCCCUGGACUCUCGAGGUGACAAUACUUUUACAUUAAACCAGUAGAGAUUGGAAGGUAAUUCAGCUUCUCUCCAGUGAGUCUUUCCUCCAACAGACGGACUCCAACUCUUCUGUCUUGGACUGCAGCUGGCGAUGUUGGAAAACCACAAACUAGAACCAUCUAGUAGAUGGAGAACCGAUUCGAUUGCGGAGCUGAACAAGGACACCAUAAAGUCCAUGACGAGACGGUCGACUACCAUCGCCGGCUGGAGUCCAAGACGGUGAAGUUGAAGCUUCACUGUAGGAUAACAAACACUGGAGAAGCAUCUGAGUAACAACAACCUGCAGGCUUGAAAACAGAUGUGGAACAAUCAGCAAAAUGGAUAUUAAUCACUAUUUUUAGAAAUUGAUAGUAAAAUCAAGGAGACAACAGUGAUCGGUGAGUUUACCGUUGAGUUGAAGUGACAGUUGACCAAUUAGUGGAGAAAAUUCUGAUUUUUAUCAUGAUUCUACCUCAAAAAAGCAUCAUUUGAUCUUAAGACCAAAUCGUCCACCUUUAAUGGAGAAAAUCAAGAUGGUUGCCAUUUGUUGGGUUAGCUUUUUCGGAAAUAUUGCGUUCCUGAUGGGAGUAGUUAAGGAGCAAAACUGCCACUCCAAGAAGGCUGGAAAAUGGCGCCAUUUCUCCAAGUUUAACCAAUCAGCAUUGAGCUUCAGUUUGCAGAUUAUUAGACUCAUCUACCCAAAAGUUGGUCCUUUUUUCUACUAGUGCAACAGUUGCUGCAUCAAACUGACCUGCGAGUUCCUGCAGUGGAAAACCUGUAAUUAUUUAACACAAAUCAGUGCCUUGUAACCCAUAGAAACAACAUCAACCAAAACCUGCAAUUACCCUGUAGCCAUUACUGUUUCAUUAACAUCAGGCUGGAGAGGAGGUGAGAUAAUAAUUAUACACUGAGAGCAGCCAGCAUGAGGUGUGAUAGAGGCUUCAGAAUAAAGGUCACAGACAUCAUUUCCCAGCAAGAGUUUUGCAAAUUUUUGUUAGAAAUGAUCAGAUGCUGCAUUUAAAUUAGAUAACAAGCGGUUGGUUUCAGUUAAACUCUCAAUAAAGCACCUUUGCUGUCUGUCUGACUAAAAGAAACCUCGAUUAUAAGUGUAGAAAUCUGAUUUUCCGGCUCAUUUAACCUGACUUUCAUGUCCUUUAAUAUCAUUUUAGUUCAUUUUCCUCAUAAACAGAAGCAUCUUUUCAUUCAUGAGAGGAAUAAUAGUCAUUACGUUGUGUUUAUUUUUUAACAAAAAAUGUAUGUCCCUGAAUUUGAAUUGAUUAGUGUGCUGAUAUAUUUCAGUUUAACUUUCUAUGUUUAGAGAAAACUAACAAUUUAAAUGAACUCUUUCACCAAUACUUUAAUGUUUAUAGCAUGUAAUUGAGCUGAAAACUAACUUUAGUACGGAAAGAACGGCCUAAUGGGAAGGAGGAAGCAGCAAAUAGGUGCCAAAAGACGUCCUCUUUCAAUAAGCUCAGCUUUAGAUCAAUUGUUGUUUAAAUUAUAAUUAUUUUCGUUUAUAGGUCAGAUGUGGGAAUGUUUAAGGCCAAAUAAAGAAUUUUAAUUGGUCUGUAAACAUUUAAUGUUAAAACAAAAACAUGACAUCCUUCAAACUUUAAGGGAACCUGUUUUUUACUUUGGAUGAUGUUUAUUUUUAUGCCAUAAAGCACUUUUUUAUAUAUAUAUAUAUAUAUAUAUAUAUAUAUAUAUAUACAUAUAUAUAAAAAGUAAUUUCCUAAAAUCCUUCUGUGGCCGCAAUUUGAUAUUUGUUACUUUUAAAACAAAACGUUCGGCAACACUCUUAUUUAUCUGUAACGGAUUAGCUUAGCUUAGCAUUAAAACUCUCAACAAUCAAACAAAAUCUUCCUUCUAGCACCUCUAAAGUAAUGAUUAGUGAGCUUAAGCUGGGCUGGUCUAAUCGUUGAAAGUUUUUUGCUACAGUAGACCCAACAGUCUCCCAGCUGUAGCGGACCAGAGACUGAUUAGCUUAGCUUAGUAUGAAAACUGACAAUUGAACAAAAUUCUCUUUUCAGCACCUCUAAAAUGACAAUUAGUGACCUUCAGUUGUGCUAGUCCCCUUGUUCCCAGUCUUUAUGCUGAGCUAACAGUCUCCCAGCUGUAGCAAACCAGUGACUGAUUAGCUUAGCUUAGCAUAAAAACUGACAAAUCAAGCAAAAUACUUCUAUAUCUAAAGUAGUCAGAAACAUGUGAGCCACUUUCCCUUGUUCCCAGUCUUUGUGCUAAGCUCCUGACUGUAGUUUGCCAGCAGUUAAUUCGCUUAGCAUAGCAUAAAGACUGGGAACAAUAUCUGUCUACCAUGACCUCUAAAAACACAAUUCACAAGUUUUACAGGUGAUAUUAGGCAGAGUUAGGCAAGCUGUUUACCCUUGUUUGCAUUCUUUAUGCUAAGCUAAGGGUCUCCUGACUGGAGUUAGCCAGUAGCUAAUUAGAUUAGCCUAUCGAAGUCUGACAACAAUUUAACAAAAUCUUCCGACCAGCACCUCUAAAGUCUGUAAAGUGAAUUAGUGAGUAUUAGAGCUGCUUUCCCCUCUGUUCCCAGUCUUUAUGAUAGGUUUUCUAAUGGUCUCUUGCCUUAGCUAGCCAUUGGCUACUUAGCUUAGCUCAUUAUGAAGUUUGACAACAAACAAAAUCUUCCUAUCAGCACCUCAAAAUUGGUGAACUGUAGAAGUGCCAGUAGUCUAAGACAGGUAAACGGUUUCUGAUCGUUCAGAGAUUUUAUGCUAAGCUAAGCCAAGCUAUAGGUCUCCUGGCUGUACCUAGUCAGUAGCUUAUUAGCUUAACUUUGUGUGAGUGACAACAGUCAAGCAAAAUUCUUCUUCCAGCACCUUUAGAGCAUCUAAAGUGAUAACUGCUAAGCUUUACAUCUGAUUUUCAACUUGUUCCUGGUCUUUAUGCUAAGCUAACAAUCUCAUGGAUGGAGCUUUACAUGUGAUUAACGAAAGUGACUCUGUAGGAAGUUUGUCUCCCAAAAUGUUGAAUUAUUUCAUAAAUGCUGCCUGUGAAAGACUUCAGAGGGAAAUCCUCGAGUACUAAACGGAGGAAGGUGACGUUCACAAACUCUUCUUCGACUUACAUCCACUUGAUAUUUGUUGUAAACGAUGGAAUCUGUUUUUGUGUGUUGAUUUUGGGUAAAAAAGUAUUUUUAUGACUGACAAACACGCAUCAAACCGGCUGUGAAGCUCUGUUGCUACUGUUGUUGUUCUUGGAUAAUUGUGUGUUCAUGCAGCUCUUUCUUCCUCUGGAUUCAACCUGAUCAGAUUCAUGACUGGACUGAAUUUAAUGUUUCGUGUGAGUUAAACUCCUCCCGAGGCCACCAGACUGAACGUUCACUCUACAGUAUAUGAUUACUUUUUGUUUCAGUUCACUGAUGCACUUUCCAAUCUGUCAGAACUGUUUUGUUGUUUUGGCACCCUUUAGUAUUAUUUUUCAGAGUAGUUUUUGAUGAUGAUGAUGUAUUUUUGGCUUGUGAUUUUGUCCAAAUAAAGAUAUUCUCAAGAGAUCACAGAA